AUGUCUCUCGCGCGAGCAUUUACUAGGCGUAACAAGCGCAGUGUGGAUCACCAAACUCCCGUUCGUGGUACAAGUGUCAAAUACCUUCCUGGAACCAUCAAUCGCAGUCUCAUUUCUCUACCGACUGAAUUGAUCUCGACAACCAAUGUCCAGGCCUUGACUGCUCCCGACAUUCGAAGUUCUUCAAGUUCUUCGACAGGUUCGGUCUCAUCCGGCAAUGAUUCUGACUUCUCGACUAUCGACCGAAGUUUUCUCACCAACACCGGCACAGACACUUCGUCAAUUGAUAGCAGUGGUCCCGCGACUCCUGUGACACCUGCAACGGAUGAGAACAAAUCGUUUUUUGAUGUGAAGCAAUCUGUUCCUGCUCUCCCUGUGAUUACUUCACCCACCGCUUCUGAGACACCUGCUAUUCCAAAACGUGCUCUGUCUCAUUCCAAGAAGGCACAUGUGGAAUUGUCGAGGAAACGUUCGAUCCAAAGAAUGUCACCCCCACCCACCGCAAUUGUCAAGCCCAUUCUUCGAAGCAGUGCUGACAUUUUGAAUGUCUCAAGCAAUCCCAACCAUCCUUUUGGUAAGGAAUUAGCACAAGUCAGCGAGAUGGCAGAAGAGUUUGGCGCUACCGCAAGAUUACUGGAUGAAGAGGAACAAGAAAUUCUCAGCAAGGGACUAUACAAAUUCGGAGUGGAAGAUUAUCUGGAUGAAAUUGCCGACUUGUAUGGUGGCAUCUUUGAAGACAAACUCGGAUCAAUGGCAAAACCGUGGAUCUGA